AUGCCGAGAGAUUCCCGCAGAUUGACUGGACCUGAAGAAUGUUUCAGUCCUUACGACUUUUGUUGUUCGGCAGAGAAAAAACCAGGAGUCGCCAUCUCCGACUGUAUGGAAGUGGAUAAUGCAAGAACUGAUGGCAGAAUUUCUAGUCAGCUAAGACCUGUCUUUCUGAGGGCUGGUGUAGUUAGUCAAGCCAGGGGAUCUGCAUACAUUGAGCUGAACCAAACCAAAGUUAUAUGUUCUGUUUAUGGUCCCAGAGAGGUGUUGCGGAGAGAGGACUUCAGUUUAAAGGGUCAGCUGACCUGUGACUUCAAGUUUCUGACAUUUUCCUGCAAGCAGCGACGCAUGCACCAGCAGGACGAACAUGAGAAGGACAUGGCAGUACGCAUCCUGGAAGCCAUGGAGUCCAGUGUCUGUCUGCAUAAGUAUCCCAAGUCACAGAUCAACAUCUACGUCAUGGUAUUACAAAAUGAUGGAUCUGCGCUAUCUGCAGCCAUCUUGGCUUCCUGUGUUGCUCUGGCGUCUGCUGGUAUAGAGAUGUAUGACCUAGUGCUCGCCUCCUCAGUGGCCAUAUGUGGAACUCAGAUGUUGACAGAUCCAACAGCACAGGAGGAGGACGCAAUUCUUGACAGUAGCGAGAAAGUGGAAUCAGCAGGUAUCACCACCAUGGCAUUCCUUCCCUCUGUGAAUCAAGUGUCAGCGGUAUCAUUUGAUGGCCAGGUGUCACUGGACACACUCAAACAGAGUCAACAAGUCUGUAUAGAAAACUGCCAAAAAAUAUACCAGGUUGUUCGACAGUGUCUUGUAACUUAUGCUAUGGAGAAACGAAAACUGAAGGGCAGAUGA